AAGUUUCCUUUAAAAACUGUUCGUUCACUAUGUCUAAAACGAACGAAAUUUUAUCAUGCAGGCGAAUCCUGACUACAAUGGUAAUCACAUGUUUUAUCCUUCACCAGAUGUUGCGCAUUAAUAUAUCAAUCGCCAUCGUGGACAUGGGCAAGUCCGGUGACACAAACGAAAGCCUGUCAAACUCCGAACGUUUUUUCUGGACUGAAAAGGAAAAGGGACAUAUCAUAGGUGCAUACUUUUGGGGGCAGUUAUUGAUGGCACUACCAGCUGGACGUCUGUCGGAAAUCUAUGGAACGCGAUUAGUUUUGGGAAGCGCUAUGUUUUUAGCCGGCAUUUUAACGAUCAUAAUCCCUUUGGUUGCCCACUUCAGUUAUUAUCUGUUACUGUUGACUAGAGUAGGACUGGGAUUAGCAUUGGGUGCGAUUAAUCCAGCGAUUCCUCCAUUAGCUAUUCGAUGGACUGGACCCACUGGAAUAUCAAAGUUUCUUUCACAUACGAGAGCAGUAUAUCUAGGUGGAGCUUUAACUCUGCCUGCGUGUGGGUUCUUGAUUGCUAACUGGGGAUGGAGGAGUGUCUUUUACGUAACAGGAGGAAUAGCUCUAAUAUGGACAUAUUUUUGGUUUUUACUUGUGUACAAUUCACCUGAACAACACCCGAGAAUCAGCGAAGAAGAAAAAAAUGUCAUAAACGCCAAAUUGUGUACAAAUUUUACCAGAAAGACUAUACCCUGGUCGAAAAUUUUGACAUCCGUACCCGUUCAUGUACUUGUUAUUGUUUGUGGUAGUUAUUUAAUGACAGUGAACAUGGCAUACAAUUAUUUACCAUAUUUUAUGGAUACAGUUCUUCAUUUUAACAUCCAGGAGAACGGACUUUUAGGUAGUCUACCGUAUCUUGCUUCAUACGGAUCGGCUGUAGGUUGUUGUUACAUAGCUGACAAGUGGUUCAAAACCAAAACAUAUCCGACUCUAACCAUACGAAGAUUCUUCAUGGUGGUGUGCCUAGGUGGGUCGGUGUUAGUGUUUGGAAUCUUAUGUUUUUGGGGCGAUUGUUCUACCGUGGCAGUUAUCGUUUUUGUUGUUUGGUUUACAUGUCACGGUUGUUCGACUCCUUCUAUAAGUGCCAAUACUAUCGACGUUGCACCAGCUUAUGGUGGUACCGUUUCUGGAUUGAUGUACACUUUCGGCUCGCUGUUGAGUUAUGUAGAAACUGUGGUGAUUGGUCUAAUUACUGAAGACAAUCACACCUUAGAACAGUGGAGAUGUGUAUUUGGGCUUCUUAUUGGAGCAAAUUUACUAGGUCUGUUAAUAUUUCUUCUUUUUGGUACAACCGAAACUCAAAGUUGGAAUUUUGAUAAAAGAAAAGUAGAAACAGUUGAAACGGCGGAUGGUGAUUUGGAGACGGGUGGUCUAGUGUAAUCUUUUAACACUGUUAAUGUAAGGGCUGUAAAACUCAUUUACAAAAAGUUGUUUGCUGUCGGAUAACAUUAUUAAAAAAAUUGGUGAAAAAUUA